CGGGUCCUACAUCAUAAAAAUGUCCAACGGGUCCUACAUCAUGUCUGUAAGGUUAUUUACAGGAAACAACGGAGAGUCGAUGUUAAAGCCCAAGUCUUUCUGAGCACAAGGUGUGAACGCUGUGAGUAAUGACUUAAAUAAUACCAGCUUUGAAAAUCUGCCUUCAGGAAAUGCUUAAAAAUAAAAACUAGCAUGAAAAUGUGCUUAAAUGUAAAUACCGUAGUUAGUGCAGCAUAUGUUUUCAUGCUGCCGUAGAGCUACCGUUAAAAUUUACACACAUAAAAUCAAGCAGAAGUACCUUCACUUUUCUAUCUUUGAUUUGACUAUCAAUAAGUGUCUUUAUGAGAAAAAAUGGGAUGUUUUCUAUCAGGUACCUUUGUGCAGACAGACGUGUGGUAGUUUCCGUCGAUCAGUUUCAUUCAACAGGACAGGAAGGCUGCAGGCCUUGAUCCAUUUCUUGCAUUAUUCCAGACUCCGUUUAGGUUUUGGAAAUGUAAUGAAUUGUAAUUCGCCCUUUAAACCCUCUGGGUAACUGCAGUCAGGAUCAUGUUCCCCACUGACAAACCUUGACCAUGACUUCCUAUUUUCCUGGAAACCUCUAUGACCGCAGUGUGUUACAACUGAGGAACUCUGGUGUUCUGACUAUCUGUGCUACCUAACAAUCCGUCCUACCAUGUGGCAAUGCGCAUGCGCACACUGAUGUUACGUCACAGGUUGCUUACGCAGUAGCUUUCUACAAAACACCGUCAAUGUUGACGGAGGUUCAACAUUGCUGGUUCAACAUUGCUUACUUCGAGCCAAAUCGCGACCACCAUUGGUCAGUUGCUGACAAACCUCCAACCGUUGCCAUGAUAUCAAUUAUUAUCAAUAUGCUGCUGGAUUCUCCCAAUAGCUAAAGUUGACAUUUAAAUUUGACCCGCGCUUUACAUUUUUCACAAAUAUUAAGAAGAUAAGAGCUGAAUGAACCAAACAUCUGCUUGUGUUUUUGUGCAGUCUGUUAGGUUUUUAUGUAAGAGAAUGGAUAUCCAAGAGGUCAGGGACUAUGACACCAUCACCUCUUUCCUGGGAUCCUGGGGACGCUUUCAGAUGAGGAUUUUUUUAGCGCUUUCCAUCAGCAUAAUUCCAAAUGGAUUUGUUGGCGUCUACAUUGUUUUUGUAGGUGAUACCCCGCCUCAUGAAUGCCGCAUCCCUGAGAAUAUCAGCAUCAGUGAGAUGUGGAGGAAUGUGUCAGUCCCACUGGAAACAGUCGAUGGCGUCACAAAGCGCAGCUCCUGCUGGAGGCUUAACCUGGAAACAGUCAGGAACUACUCUCAAAAGAACUUCAUCCCAAAUGUGGAUGUGAAUGUCAGUGAAAUUCCCCUGGAGACGUGUUUGGAUGGAUGGACAUACAGCAAAGAAAUCUACCAGUCAACCAUCGUUACAGAGUGGAACUUAGUAUGUGAGAAUCAAUACAAAAACCCACUGACUACCUCCAUUCAUUACAUCGGAGUUCUGUUCGGAGUUCUGUUCUCAGGCCAGCUGUCUGACAGAUUUGGAAGGAAGCCCAUCCUGUUUGUCAUGAUGGCUGUUCAAACUGUGGGGCUAACAGCACAGAUCUUCUCUCCAGGCUGGGAGGUCUUUCUCCUAAUUUUCUUUAUUGUUGGUGCUGGGGGAUACUCCAACUAUGUCAUUGCAUUUGUUCUGGGAGCUGAAGUUCUGAGCCCUAAAACCAGAGUGGUUUUCUGCUCACUCGGCGUAUUCAUGAGCUCAGCUUUGGGAUACCUGGCAAUGCCUGUCGUAGCCUUCUUUCUCCGUGAAUGGCGGAUGCUGCUGAUCGCCAUGGCUGCCUCUGGCCUCAUCUACAUCCCUCUGUGGUGGUUUAUCCCAGAGUCUCCUCGCUGGCUGCUGACUCAGGGGAGAGCAGCCGAAGCAGAAGCCAUUCUUAAAGAUGCAGCGAAGCUGAAUAAAGUCGAAGCUCCAGACGCCAUUUUUACACAACCAGAGAUUGAAAAAAUAUUGAUGAUGCGAGACAAGAAAUUCAACAUUUUGGUCCUUCUGAAAAGCUGCAACAUUUUCAACACAGCGUUGCUUUCUUCAAGCUUGUGGAUGAUCGUCGCCAUGAACUACUUUGCUUUAAUCCUCAACACCUCGAACCUGCACGGCGACCCGUACCUGAACUGCUUCCUGUCUGCUGCUACAGAGGUUCCAGCCUACAUCGUUGUCUUGUUGCUGCUGCGCUACUCCUCCAGACGCCUGUGUCAGUCUGCCACACUCUUACUUGGAGGCAUUAUGAUCAUUUGUGUAAACCUCAUUCCGACAGAUUUUCCCGGCGUGUCUCUGCUGCUGGAGAUGGUGGGAAAAUUUGGCAUCACGUCGGCUUUCUGUGUUUUGUACGCCUUCACGGCGGAGCUCUUCCCGACCGUAAUCAGGAAUACAGCCAUGGGAUGUUGCUCCACAGCCGCACGGAUCGGAACCAUCAUCUCCCCAUUCAUCAUUUAUCUAGGGUUUUACUUCAGGGCUCUUCCAUACGUAGUGAUGGGUGUUAUGGCCGUCUGUGGUUCUGGUUUCUGCUUCAUGCUGCCAGAAACGCAUGGAAAAGCUUUACCAGAGGCACUAUCAGACAUGCAACAGCUACAUGGGAACUGUGUGAAUAAGAAAAAGGAAGCAGAAAAUGAAGAGAACACACAUAUAUAAUGGGUAAAUGUUAUUACAAAUCUGCUGCUUCUGCCGAAGAUUUUAUCUAUUUGUUGGGCUUGUCUUAAAGACUGACUGAAAAUAACUGAUUUAAAUUUUCAGAAGGUAUUUUAUUUUUUUAAUGCCAUUUCUUUCUUAUGAUUUUAUGAACAGACCAACACUUCAUUGGAAAUAAGCAGUAAAAUGAUACAAAUUGUCUAACAAAUAAAAAUCUGACUAGUCGUGCA